AUGUUUCCGGUGGUUUCCAGUGAGGUUAUGCGGAUAUCUAAUCCGACCAGAUCGGGUGGAUUUGCUGCUUUUUCUCUUGGAUGUUCUCAAACUGGUUCUUCAGAUCUUUGGUUACAACAAAUCUUCAUCGGUAAUUAUGUUCAAUGUAAUGAAAGAAGACUUGUUUCCAGCAUAUUAAGAUUGCCUGUAGCUGUUUCAACAUUCUCCGGUGACAAGCAACAACAAAAAACGAUGCUUAAACUUUUUCCGGCGUCGAUUGUGUUUACAAUAGUCGGAGUAAUUAACGGCGAAGGAUGACGGAAAGUUUCCAAGCUUUUCUUGCAACACGUUUCAUCUACGUAUCUUUGUGUUUGACACGUGUAUUGAGCAAAAUUUUAUCUUUAAGUGAUGUAGCCAUUUGGGCCAUUAAUGGGUUGUAACCAUUGUGAUGUGGAUUUUAAUAAAACUAAACCUUCAGUGAAAAAAAAA